UCAAGGAAUUGAACUGGUGAUUUAAAGUAGGAUUGUUUUCAUAAAAGUUGAUAGAUUUAUUUAAGUCAAUAACGAAAAUAAAUUUGGCGCACAUGAAUAUUGGUUAGCAAAAUUUAAAAUUUACAAUUUUUUUGAUAUGGAUAAAUUUGUUACACGAAUGCCAUCUUGGCAAACGGUAACCUACACAAGUACGCUAAAUCGAUCCAGAAAAGAGCCCCAGGAUAAAAAUAAAGUUGUGAACAAGAAGCCAUUGCGUGAAAGCCAACUACAAAAAAUCGCAAUCGAUUUAAGUCCAUCCUUGCAGAAUAAUCGGCGAUUAAGCAUACGAGACGAGCAUUUAUUGAAAAUAUUUGCCAGCAAACCUGAUCAGCCAUUAAUGCCGUCAAAAGAAAAUAGUGCAUUGACCAGUAGUUCGCAUUGUUCUUUUGAACGUUUUAAUGACAUAGCACACCCGACUGUUGACAAUAACCAAUUAUUGUUUGUGGAAAAGCACAACUUGCGCGAAUUGAGCGACUAUGUGAGCAGUCCCGAUGCUAUGCCUCAACGAGAAAAGCUCCUUAUUUCCCAAUCGCCACCAGUAACAUUUAAUGAAGUAAUUUAUGAAGAUAUCGAAAACAAUCCCGUAGAAAUUGCAGCUGGUUCUCCUAACUCAAAUAUUGAACACAUAACUAAUACGCAAAUAAACACAAAUAAUACAAAAGAAACUUCUAAACCAACAACAUUUAGUAAAAAUCCUCAAAUGGCACGCAUACAACGUGAUCUCAACAGUCCUUCAGCAUCAUUGCGUGUCCGCGCGAUCAGAGCUUUAAAAAAUCCUGUAAAUGAUGGUUACACAAACUUUGAUAUCCCACAUGAGGAACAAAACAUUAUCAGCUUAGAAGAAUACCAUCCAUCUCCACCACCAUCAAUAGAGGAACUCAUGCGCGACAUUAUAGUGUAUGUUGAAGUGCGAACUGGCGAAGAUAAUCGAUCAGAAGGAGUGAAGAAGGUUAUUUCACAACUAGGUGCACGCGUAAAUGACAAAUUACUAAGAGGUACAACACAUGUGAUAUUUAAAGAUGGUUUGCUGUCCACGUACAAAAAAGCCAAAAACUGGAACAUACCAGUUGUUUCGAUUUUGUGGGUUGAAGCUUGCAAAAAAAAGCGGAUGAUAUGCGAUCCAAAUGAGUUUCCAAUAUCAAAUAUAGAUCGCUAUGAAAACCCUGAACUCUACGAAAAAAUGAAGCGCCACAAAUCCAUGCAGCCGGACUCAGAAUGCAAUAAACGCAUUCGACUGAGACAGGGUACACCUAAAGACUCUACACCAAAGACUGUAACGGUAACCAAAACACCUUCGGCUAUAAAUAAUACGCCCAAAUCUAGUAGAAAACAGAGUGAUAUAAGUCAAUACUUCAGAAAGUUAACCAAUGCUAACAGCACACCUAUGACUGAUAACAAUAGUUUGCCUGGGUCAACAAUAUCGAUAACGAAAGCUGAUAUCCCUGAGUCACCUGCUACGCAACUAUUAAAUAGAAUUGAGAGCAAGUCAUUUACACCACUUCAACCGAGAAAGUGUCAAAGUGCUGCCAACUCAACAACUUUAGAAGUUGUUAUGUCUUUAAAACCUUCUAAAAGUGGUGAUGUAUUGGAGCACACUAGUGUAUCAGGUGAAUCAGGGAAAAACUUAGAAUUUACUCCUACUGAGCCGAGGUACGCUAAAAAAAAAGUUGUUCCUUCGGCAUCUCCAAGAAAACGUAUUCCUCACCGACGUACCAGUGUUCAGAUGCCUGUAACGCAAAGUACAAGUGCUUAUUCGCUACAGUUGACUGAGACUGAUACGUCCGGACGUGUUACGCGUCGUCGAAGCUCAAUACAUACUGCUGUUAACAUGAGCUUAAGUAGAAUAGACCCAAAUACACCUGUUUCAAAAUCGGAUGUCAAUUACUCAACAUUUAGUCCAAUACACGAAGAAAAUAGAGAAGGCACGACUAUGUCAAAUGCUAAUAACGCAGCUAAUCAGCAAAGUCCACGUGGCGAGAAAACUCGCCUAAAAGGCCGACGCACAAUAUUUUCUUAUAAAACGCCCGAGAUCUCACCCCAAAAGAAAACGAAAACGCCGAGUCGACGCACACUAUAUACACCAAAACCCAUAGAGGAAUCCAUAUCUCAAUUGGAAAUAUUAAAAACAAACGAUUCAUCAAAAGUACUAGACGAAAGCUUAUUACGAUUUGCUCUAACGCCAACAACUCUAUUAAAUAGUAAAAGUAGCUCACAAGAAAAUCUAAAUAAAACCGAUCCCGAGGUGGGUUCAUUACUUGAAGAUCAUUCAUCUACUAUGGUGUUUAGUUCUACGCGCCUACCCAGCACCAAUCGAAGACGUACGCUAUUCGACGUUUCCAUGGACAUAAUACAACAACGCCUACACAAUAUAAAUAAUUCUGCAAGACGAUCGGUGGCAAAAGAAUUAACUUACCAUGAUCAAAGUCCGAAUGUGGUUUCAUCUAAAAUUAAUUUAGAUUCGACAGUAGCAAAGGACACAAGUAAGAUUGAUCGCGAAAGCUAUUCACAAAUUACCCCAAUAGUACCUACCAUUGAAAAUACAAUUUCCACGAUCAAAACUGUUACAAAACGCAAAUUAUUUGUGCCAAAUGAUACUUCACUGAUUUUAUCUGCCAACCCCUCAGGAUCAGUUAAGAAGAGCCCAAAUGAAGCACGCGUAAAGCGUAGGCGAACCAUGACAGCACAACCGAAAGAAAAGCGAGUAAUGACAAAAUCACGCAACAAUAUCACCGCUAAUACAAAGUCACGAUCAGAAGUUAUUAUCCCACCUUUGUCGACAGCACAGGUGUCGAAUUUAACCAAAAGUGUCGCGCAGUCAGUGCCUACGUUAAGGAAUAAAUUAGACGAUAGUGAAAAUGGAGAAACAUUGAAGAUGUCGUCUACAUCCCUACCUGCGACAGCGGUAAACACCAAAAUAAGUGCAUCGAGUACUACAUUAAAUGCGACCAGCGCUGCGAAUGUACCAGUAUCACAAGCUUUUAUUUUGAAGAACGAGGCCCAUGUGAUGACGGCUGCACCGCUACCAAAAUUAAAAGGAUCUUUUAUGAGCAUAAUUUCAAGUAAUACAUCUGAUACCACAGUCAAGCAACAAUUGCAACAAGAUAUGGGAGUAGAUGAAAACAUCGCAAUAAAUACUCCGUCCCUUACCACGGUAUUAUCACAAGCUUCUACUGCGCCGUCUAUAGCUACUGAAAAUCCGAAAGUGCUAUCUACAUUGGACUCAACUCUUCUCCCAACGAAUCAAACAGCACCAAAAGUCGUUAAAAAAUCACAAAUGAGUGAAACACCAGACAAAGCGAAGGAUGCAGUUGAAGUUGGAGCGUCCGGUUGUACGCUAAUAUCAAAAAAUGCACCCGGUGGCAACAAAAAAUGGCCAUAUAUUGUAUGCACGAACAUGCACCGGGAGCAGAUCAAAGUUAUGCGCGAGGCAAUUGCUGAACUUGGUGGUCUUCAACUGAAUCACUGCGUUAACGACGAUACCACACACGUGGUGAGUUACGAGCCGCGUAGGACGUUGAAUUUAUUAAGAGGACUAAUACGCGGCCUGUGGAUACUAGACUACAAAUGGGUGCUGGACUCACUGAAAGCUGGCUGUUGGUUAAAUGAGGAAGAAUAUGAAUUAAGAGUGUUUUCACGCGCCAUUGAGAUAUGUCGCACAGAACGACAGGCUUUCGGCAAUACAUACAAAUGUGAACUAUUUGCGGAUUUAGGUACAUUUUAUAUAUCUUCGCGCUGCGGCCCGAUCUCAAAAGAAAAUCUAAAGGAGUUAAUUGAACUGUGCGGCGGCAAAGUAGUAGAUCAUCGCAAACGUGCCAAAUACAUACUCGGUGAUCCACACAAAACACUGGAAGAUAAAGUCUAUGUAACUCCAUUUUGGGUAUUAGAUAGCAUAACACAUAUGCAAGUGAUGCGUCAGCAAAAGUAUACCUAUGUUACCAACACAGUUGUUAAAGCGCAGCCACCAUUACCGCAAGUAAAUGUUGCGCCUGCUGUUUCUACGCCACCUGUUGUAUCUGGCUGAGCAUUUAUAAAUAUUUAUAAACAAUAUAGUAAUGUGACAAUCAUAUAUUUGCUCGUUUCGACGCAGAAUUAGUUUUCCAUAUUGCAAUCUUAGCACAUAGUAUUUUAGUUAAUAAAAUAGUAUCUAAUAAUUAUGCUUUUUUUAAUUAAAUAAAAUUGUAGUCAGAAUGAAAAACUAUUAUUUAAAAUUGUAUUUCAAAAAUUUCUAGUGGAUAUAUAAUUACUUAAUUCUAUUUCUGAUUUGUAUGUUUUCGGACCUAGCAUUGUCCACAAUGCGCAUAAAGUAAUAUUCAUUCAAAGCUUAAACGAACGACCAGUCAAUUCAAGCCUUAAGGGGCUAUACCAGUCUGACGCAUGAAAAAUUAGGCGAUUUUCGUGAUUUUUUUUUUGAAAGGAAGUACUAGAUUGAAUGUUUCGACGUUCUAUGGACAUAAUAAAGUAUAUUUUUAGCUAUAUUAAAAUCUUUUUUUUACAAAAAUAUUGAAAAAUAAUGGAGUUAUGUGCUGUCUGCGGAAGUGCCGAAAAAAAGUGCCUCAACUGCAUGAUUCCGCUCGAAUGAGUAGCUGAAAUAAAAAAAUUCAAAAUGUUUAUUAAACUUAAAUAUAUUUUCUAUGCAAUGAACUACGUCUUUGAAAAAUAUCAAAAAUUAAGAAAAUGGCGUAAUUUUGAAAAAAAAAAUUCGUUUUUUUUACGAAAAAAAUGGUCGUUUUUUACGGAAAAAAUUGCCGUUUUUUUAAUGCCCAAUUGACAAUUUUCAACUAAUCAAAAAGAUCGUAGUCCAUUGUAUAGCAAAUGUAUUCAACUACACCCAGUUUUACUUUGGUCGGUAAAUUUCUCGUUGAGUUAUGAUGUCAGCAAUUUUCAAAAAUGUCGUUUCGAGAAAAACGCGUUUAAAGUUUCACUUUAUGUAUAUAUGUUUGCACCUCUGAGCGGUCGCUGUUUAGAACGCUGCCAUUCAAAAACUAAUUCAAUAUACGACCUUGCCGAUUUCACAGGAUAUUUUUGAAUAUAUAAACUAUCGAAAAAGCAAAAAAAAAAUUUUUUUGCAAGUGUCACACUGGUAUAGCCCCUUAAAGAUACUGCCAACAUGUGAAUUUUAUCUAAUUAGAACACUAAUGUGGCUGUUGUAGUUUCAAUCACUGCGGUAGUACACAAGAGUCCUUAUAUUUAUUAAAACUAUUUUGACUCAUGUAACCGUCCAUUUUGGAUGAGUUCCAAAUUC